AUGACGUCGUUACACACUUUACCGUCAACAUGGACGGCUCCAACAUCUUGCUUCGCCAGUACUAAUUAUUACUAUGUGCUCCUUGGAGGCGGCUUCUUCAGUAAUUUAUACGGAACACCUACGCCGGUUGGAAAGGGAAUUGCUCCAUCAGGCGACUGCUUUCCACCAUCCUUCACCAUUAACGAACCAUACAUUACAGAUGGCGGCUGCCCUUCUGGCUACACUAGGGCUUGUGCAACUGGUGGCUCUUACAAUGGGGAACCAGCGAGUACGGUGACAUGCUGUCCUAGUGUUACCGGGAACGUGUUUUCUUUCAUGUGCAGAGAUCACCAGUACGGGUGCCACGCGACAGCUACCCAGGGCGUAACCUGGACAGGUGUCAUGACAGAUAUCGGGCUCGAAGAUCCUACCGAGAAACCGGUAACACGCAAACCCGCGACUGCGGAAGGGAUCGAGGCUUGGGGAAUCAAAUUCAUUUCUAUUACGUCGACAACAAGCGAGGCAAGUGUCGCAACAACUACUGCAUCAGAGACUUCGGAUUUCACCAGCUCCUCGACAGCCAGACAGAGUGAUGUGGAAGAAAGACCUACAGAGCCAAGCGGGCUCUCUACAGGUGCUAUAGCCGGUAUUGCUAUCGGUGCUGUUAUCGGUUUUAUUCUCCUUGCUCUGGUCGCUUUUGUUCUUCUUCGGCGAAAACGAAAGCAACAAGUUGUCCAGAACCCCAGUCCACAAUCAACAUUUGAGAUCCCAAAGGAUACGGGACUCCAUCAACUUGACGCACCGGUCCCUCCAAGGGAGUAUUACCAAUACGGCACAAAGGACCAGCAACCAGACCAAAGACAAGCCUGGGAGUUGCCUUAA